GAUGCUUCGUGAUUUGGACGAGAAAAUAUUGAAAUCACACUUUAAAAUGAGCUCUUUUCACACACAGAAAUUAAAGAAGGCUGUGAACGAGAAUUGGAGACCUUCCGUCGGUAAAAAGAGGAGGAGAUUGCAGCACGCAAAAAGCAAUAAAAUGUGUUUGCAGCUGUGUUUACUCAAGAAUCAAACAAAUAUGUAAAAAUUUCUAGAAUUUUCAAGUUCAGGAAUGCUGACGAAAUUGGAGCUUUUAUCACUAGAUUGCAAACUUCCUGAUGCGCUGUUUGUUUUCAAGCAAGUCUUUCAUCGUAAUAAACCUAAGGGCAUAAGUGAGUUUUCUUUAACUCAAACUGUAUGUAUUUGUAACUGUACAGUAUUUUUCAUAUUAAAAACGUUUACCGGGUAGAGAGAAAUUAUUGACAUUAAACACGAACCUUUGACAUUUUUUCUUAUUAUGUAAAAAUAUCUAGUUUGCAUAUCAGUCGUAUUGUUGCUGGUUGAUAUUGAAUAACACUCUUUUAGAGUUGUCACUGCGUGAAAUAGUCACACGAACAUCUCCAUGGCGUUCGCGAAUGCGUUAUAAUACUUCCGCAUUCUAUUCUAUAAACGCAACAAAUUUUGUCAAAUUUGACUUCACUAGUUUCCAAGUACAUACUAAACAUUAAUGCCUUGGACUGUGAAGUGCUUAAUUGAUCUUUUCAAACGAACAUAAAGCGAUCGUCAAGAUAUUUUUGUAAAUAUGGAUGUUAAUCAAGAGCCGGUCUCUGAUGCAAUUUCCACUUUGGAUAUGACUUGGAGCAAUUGCAUAUUUCCUCUCAUGGAUUUUAUUGAAUUGUAUCCUCUUCCUCAAAUGGUUCAGGUUUGCGAUGGUUGGUAUGGCGAGGGUGAAGAAGAUAUAGAGUUAUCACAAGGAGACGUUCUUAUACUUCAUACGUAUAAGGAAACUCCAUGCUUUACCGCUUCAACUGAAUACGGUAAAGAAGUAAAUAUUCCUUUGAAUUUAUCAAAGAAAGUUUAUGUUUAUUACGAGAAAUCAUUAAAGGAUGUUAAGUCACCCGAACGUCUUGGCGAGCUAUUUCCUCAUAAAUACUCAAGUGUUCGCCUUCAACGCGACCUUAAAAAUUGUCUGGAUAAGAAAGAUAUAUAUCUUGCAGGCGAUACUUUACAGGUAAUGAGAUUUGACGUUUCACGGAAGCAAUUGGUUUGCUUGAAUAAGAAAAAUUUCUACGUCCGGUUCAGUAUGAGCCAAAUUUCUCAUUUGACGGUAACAGAUGUAACCACUGAUUCCUUUGUGCUUGCUGAUGUACAUCAGCAAUUCAAGUUACCCAUAACGGUACGAUUUGUAAAACACGAUAAGUUGCCAGGUUUGAUUCAUUUUAAAGAAAUUGUAAGCAGAAAAACUGUAGUGGCGUCUCUAGGAAACGAGGAAUACGAAUCACUGCUGACAUUUCCAUCGACCCUGGAUAUUACAGUGUGCCCCCCUACACAGAAUAUAUUGCAUCACCCUGAGUAUCAAAAGCACGUCAAUGGAGUUAGCAAGGAAGUUCACGUAGAAAGUGUUCAUGAAGAACUAAAGGACAGCGAGAUGUACGAGACCAUCGAAGAAUUGAACAUCAAAGCCGUUCCUUACUCCGUGUUUCAUUUCAAAAAGCCCAACCAGACAGGGACGUCCAGCAACAUUGAGCAACACAAAGAUGUCCAUGAACCCAAGCAAAGGGAAGAUAUUGAAGGGACGUACGAAACAAUGUCGGAUAAACCUUUUCUGUCAGCGACGACACGACAAAACCAUUACGUAGAAGAUCCAUUUAGCCAAUCAAAGGAUGCAUCUGAAUUGAUCUUACCAUCAGUCAACGUGAAAUCAUUAAUCACGUCGAUUGAAAAUAAAGAUGUUGCUCCUAAUAAUCAAGUUAAAUCUGCAGUAAAUGAGCAAGAAACAUCACAAACUACAAACUUAUCAAAAUCUACAUCCAAAUCUUUACCUUCCAACAUCAGCGAGUCAAAAGAAGAUAGAAAUUGUCCUUCACCCACAGGACCUCGUAGACAAUCCCCAUUCACCUGCAAGAAAGAUUGCUUUAGCACUAAAACAUGGUCGAAUAAAGAAGAAUUUCCUAAUGAAAAUGUUAAAUUGUCAAAUGAAGACAACUUGUAUGAUGAAGUACGUCCUGUUUUUAAGGCUAAUACCAUGAAUGAAGCUGGAACUCUCUUGCUUAGUAAUGAUCGACCCUGUCGCUCAGCGUCACCAUCAUACCAUGAUAAAAGAAACGAUAAAAUUAUCAAAGAGUCUGGGGGACAUAAAAAUGAAAAGGUCCUUUGGAGACAAACUGAAUCUGAGGAAAUUGACUCUGAUGGUUACCAAAUACCUAAGGUUGAAGGGAGAAACAAGCCAUUAUUAACAGUCAACGAUGUCUGAAAUCUUUUAAAAGAUUUAAAGCUCUCGCAAUUCUGCGAUCCCUUUAAAAAGGAGCAAGUUGACGGGAAGAUCAUUAGAGAUAUGGACAAAGAAAUGUUUAAUUCACACUUUAAAAUGAGUGCUUUUCAUGUGUUAAAGUUACAGAAGGCCGUGAACGAAAAUUGGAGACCCGAACCAAAGGAAUCGUGAUUGAAAGAUAUUGUGUGUUCUGGUACAUACGAUGUUCUGAAACUUUCAAUAUCAAGAAUUCUGAGUCCUAACGACGUUAGUAUAUUGUACUAAAUUUUAAAUGCAUUACCUCAUAGUCGACACCAAAUUUUGAUAGCGGAGAUAGUAGUUAUAUUCUUGCUUGGGUAUUGAUUCUCGUAGCAUUUUUCAGUGUAGGAAACCAACAUUCAAAUGAGACGGCAUGUACAAAGUAGUUUUUUACCUUUUAUUGUGAUUAAAUUUGGAUGCAUCUUUGCAAAAUCUGACAAAUUGCGAACGUGCAAAAAAUGGAUUUGUAAAAAAAAACAUCUCAGAUUUCUUUGAUUUGUUCGAAUUCAUUAAGAAUUUUCCAAUAUAACGUUCUAAUUCAUCAAUAUGCGUUCUAUAAAUAUGCAAAAAAUAUGGUAUUUUUAUAUUUAUAAAAUUUCAAAAGUAAACCUUGCGUUAGUUUUUCAAAAUACUAUUAACUUUAUUGAAUAUUAGUCAAACUUGCAGAAUGUCAAAAAAAUAGUCAAAACUUAUAGUAUUGCUGGAAAAUGUUGAAGGUUUUUCUACGUUUUCGAAAGUUGCAAGCAUAUCUAAACUUUCAAUCCACCAAUAUGUUGUAGUUCCAUGUUAAAUAAAAAUCCUACCAAGUUUCGUAAAAA